AUGCCUGCGCUCUCGAUGGUUCUACAUCAGUCCGGAGGGGGAGAGCCUUUCUCGGAGGUGCUGGUGUCUGCGCCGUCGUGGAAGGUGCUGGUGUCUGCGCCGUCGUGGAAGGUGCUGGUGUCUUCGCCGUCGUGGAAGGUGCUGGUGUCUUCGCCGUCGUGGAAGGUGCUGGUGUUUGCGCCGUCGUGGAAGGUGCUGGUGUUUGCGCCGUCGUGGAAGGUGCUGGUGUCUUCGCCGUCGUGGAAGGUGCUGGUGUCUUCGCCGUCGUGGAAGGUGCUGGUGUCUUCGCCGUCGUGGAAGGUGCUGGUGUCUUCGCCGUCGUGGAAGGUGCUGGUGUCUUCGCCGUCGUGGAAGGUGCUGGUGUCUUCGCCGUCGUGGAAGGUGCUGGUGUCUUCGCCGUCGUGGAAGGUGCUGGUGUCUUCGCCGUCGUGGAAGGUGCUGGUGUCUGCGCCGUCGUGGAAGGUGCUGGUGUCUUCGCCGUCGUGGAAGGUGCUGGUGUCUUCGCCGUCGUGGAAGGUGCUGGUGUCUUCGCCGUCGUGGAAGGUGCUGGUGUCUUCGCCGUCGUGGAAGGUGCUGGUGUCUGCGCCGUCGUGGAAGGUGCUGGUGUCUUCGCCGUCGUGGACGGUGCUGGUGUCUUCGCCGUCGUGGAAGGCGCUGGUGUCUUCGCCGUCGUGGAAGGUGCUGGUGUUUGCGCCGUCGUGGAAGGUGCUGGUGUUUGCGCCGUCGUGGAAGGUGCUGGUGUCUUCGCCGUCGUGGAAGGUGCUGGUGUUUGCGCCGUCGUGGAAGGUGCUGGUACCUCUGUUGCCACACUCGUGGGUCCUGAGUACUUGGGAGCUCGAGGCACCAGGCAACACGGAGCGGUUAUCGGACCCGUCUAAAGUUCCAUUGGACCCGGCAUCCAGUCCUCCUUCAGGAAUGGUGAUGUCGACAGAGGGCUUCGCGGCGGGUUCUUCCGCGGCCGACACGGCGCAGAACACCGUGCCGCUUACGACACCAUUGAGCAACAGCGCAAGCGCCACAGGCGCGCGAGAGGUUAACGUCAUCCUCACAGCGUAG